UCCCCGCUCACUUCCCUCACCCUGCCAUUCACCAUGGCUGCCUGGAUUAGCUUGGUGUUGUUGUCCGUCCUUACGGUUAGCACACUGGGCUUGCCUCGUCCCGAUGAAAGUGCCUACAGAAUUCCUCAAGUAGGAACCGGCAGACGUUCCCAAUACUACGUCCUGCACAGUGAUGGCACCUACAAGUACGGCCAUGACACCGGAGAGGGAGCCUUCGAGAGUGCACGAUCAUCUACGCCAGGACAGCAACGAGGUUCUUUUGGCUAUGUGGCUCCCGAUGGCAGGCCAAUUAGCCUUCACUAUGAGGCAGGUGAGGGAGGCUUCGUCCCUCAGGGUGCUCACCUUCCCGCCACGCAUCCAGACUUCGAGGCUGCGCACGCCCAAGCUCGCGCACGCGCUCCGUUCGUCGACCCUCUAGCCGAUCCAAACGCAGAUGCUUCCUAUGGAUUCGACUUCGCAGGACAAGCUCGAGCCGAAUCUGCCGAUGGAAACCUCAACGUCGAAGGUCACUUUUCCUUCGUAGCAGAUGACGGAGUCAGACGAAAUGUUAACUACGCAGCCGGUGCCAACCGAGGAUUCCAGGCUUCGGGAGACCACCUUCCUACUGCUCCUCAACCUCAUUCCGCCUCCAGACCCGCAUCAACUUCCUUUGCUUCUCACACUCCUUCCAUCAAGUCUGGCCCUGCCGCCUCCACUUUCUCUCGCCCUUCAACUCACACCUAUUCCGCCUCGGGCUCAGCCUCCUCACCCUCAACGGGAGUCAGUGGACGUCCAUUCGGAGAAGCUAACACGCGCACUCAGACACGUCCUGAUGGAAGCUAUUCCUUCUCCUACCAGGCUCCCACUCACUCCCGAGCAGAGUCUGGCGACGCAAAUAACAAUGUUGACGGCAACUUCGCCUUUGUAGCAGAUGACGGCCAACAAAGGGCUAUUCGCUAUGAAGCUGGCUCUGAUACAGGAUUCAUUGCUGAAGGAGCUCACAUUCCCGUAGGACCUGAGGUUCCUGGGGCGCCAUCCGGUCAGCCAACUGGAAGGAUCGUUCCAGUGCGAGAAACUUCCUUCGUCGACCCUCUCGCUGACACCAACGCUGAUGCCUCCUACAGCUUCGCCUUCGACUCGGAACAAUAUUCUCGCUCAGAGUCAGCCGACGCCGACGGAAACGUCCAGGGGACUUACACGCUGCUCGACGACCAAGGAACACGCCGCACUUACCGUUUCCGCGCCGGAGAAGGUGUAGGAUUCGAGACUGAACAAGUAUCCACUUCUCCCGGUGCUUCACCCUUCCGCUCCUCGUCCUCUUCCUCUGCAGCUGCAACAUCACACUCGCCCUCAAGCCCUUCCACUUACACCGGUAGUGCUGCGUCAUCCUCGAGGUAUCCUUCUGCUGCUGCCUCCGCAUCCUCUUCCUCUGCCGGAGGAUUCAGGUCAUCCUCUGGACCAGGAUUCCAGCUGCGUCAGUACGACGCCACCAAGAACCCACAUAAGGUCGGUUACGUCCUCACCUUCGACAAGUGAGAAACGUAUUUGCUCUUUGUCUGACGUCGGCGCGAAAAAUGGAUUUGGAAAUCGAUUUUUUUUCCUUUCCAGAUUCUGUGUGAGUAGACUCGUAUGAUAUUUAUUGUUUAUAUUUCUGAAAAGUAUGGGUAAGGAAUAAUAUUGAUACUUAAUGAUGCAUGUAAAAAAAAAAAGAAAAAAAUAAGUAAAACUUCCA